AUGAAACGCGAUGCCGUUCCUGCCACGAACACAGUCACCGAGCUAUCCCAACCCACGACUUAUGACUGGGCUGCGGGUGCCACCAAGGAUUACCCAAUUCACGCGUCUUGCAACUCAACUCAACGAUCUCUCUUGAAAAAGGGACUGGAUGACGCAAUGAAGCUUGCAGACCACGCCAAGAACCAUGUCCUCCGGUUUGGCAACAGCUCCGAAUUUUAUGUGAAGUACUUUGGCUCUGCUCCCACGGCGGAGGUCAUUGGAUGGUACGACAAAGUGGUCAACGCCGACCGAGGUGGAAUUUGGUUCCGAUGUGAUAACCCCGACGGCAACUGUGAUAUCGAAGGCUGGGGCGGCCACUGGCGAGGCGAAAAUGGGACCGACGAGACCGUCAUCUGCGAGCUCUCCUACACAACUCGUAUGCCCAUCGAAGGCUUGUGUGGAUACGGCUAUGACGUCUCCAAUGGCGAACUCGCCUUUUACUUCGGCUCCGACUUGAUCCACCGACUAUAUCACAUGCCCAAGAUCGGAGAGGCCAUCGUCGAGCACUACGCCGACACGUACAGCGAGUGUCUUGAGUUGGCCGUUGACGCCCCGGCGGAGGCGGUGCGGAACUCGCACACUUUGCAGUAUUUCGCAUUGGAUGUGUAUGCGUACGAUAUCGCAUUGCCUGGUGAGGGCUGCACGGGCAGGGUCAAGGAUUCUGAGACGUCGACUGACGAGCCGACUGCCACGGCGUCAUCGAGUGCUUCUGCUACUGAAUGCCAUACCCAUUCUGACGGCACGGAACAUUGUGAAUAA